GGGACACCUCGGGGACACCUCGGGGACACCUCGGGGACACCUCGGGGACACUGUGCUCCCACAGGUGAGGCCAGUCUCGCUGCAAACUCUUCCCCAGGAGUGUCUGUGGCCGAAUGGAGCCUCGCUGCCAGCUGUGGCCAUGGGCACUGUGUGUCCUGCUGGCUGCCCCACGGCUCCUGGGAGCGCAGGGAGCCUGUUCCCAGGGAGCCUGCUACCCUCCCCCGGGGGACCUGCUGCUGGGACGAGCCCCUCACCUGAGAGCCUCCUCCACCUGCGGCCUCAGCAAGCCCGAGACGUACUGCACACCCCACGGCCAGUGGAGCAUGAAAUGCUGCAGGUGUGACUCGAGGCUGCCCCACAGCUACAGUGGGCACCGCGUGGAGAACGUGCUGUCCUCGGCCGGCCGCGCGCGCUGGUGGCAGUCCCAGAACGGCGUCGAGCGCGUGUCCCUGCAGCUGGACCUGGAGCAGAUGUUCCAGCUGGACGGCGUCGUGCUGCACUUCAGGUCGCCGCCCGCAGCGAUGCUCCUGGAGCGCUCGGUGGACGCCGGCAGGACGUGGCAGGUGCUGCAGUACCUGGCCUCCGACUGCGCCGCCGCCUUCCCCCGCGUGCCCCGCGGCUCCCCCGAGGGCUGGCAGGACCCCCGGUGCCAGGAGCUGCACGGGCACCCCCUGCACGGGGGCACGGUGAAAUUCAGUGUCCGAGACCUGGGGUCUACAAUCAGCUCCUCUUACAGCCAAGCCAUCGAGAAGCUGGGGCCCUUCACCAACCUGCGCAUCAACUUCACGGCGCUGCCCCACAUCCCACGCCAGGGGUACCACUCGCCCAGCACCUUCUACGCCGUGACAGAGAUGCAGGUGCUGGGGAGCUGCUUCUGCCACGGCCACGCCGAGCGCUGCGCCCCUGCGGGGGACCAGCACAGCACGGUCCCCGGGCACUGCGUGUGCCAGCACAACACGGCCGGGCCGCACUGCGAGCGCUGCGCUGCCCUGUUCAACGCCCGGCCCUGGGCACCCGCCGAGGACAGCGACCCCCGCGCCUGCCAGCGAUGUGACUGCAACGGUCACUCGUCCUCGUGCCACUUUGACCCCGAGCUGUACCAGGCCAGCGGCGGGGCCAGCGGGGGGGUGUGUGACAGCUGCCAGCACAACACCGAGGGCAACAACUGCGAGCGCUGCAAAACCAACUAUUUCCGCAACCCGCGGCGGGAGCUGAGCCACCCCGAGGCCUGUCUGCCCUGUGAGUGUGACCCGGAUGGCGCCGUGCCCGGCUCCGUCUGUGACCCGGGGACAGGGCGCUGUGUCUGCAAGGACAAUGUGCAGGGCGAGCGCUGCCACCUCUGCAAGCCGGGCUUUGCCCAGCUGGCCGCUGCCAACCCCGCUGGGUGCCGCAGAUGCACCUGCAAUGCCCUGGGCACGCGGCAGGACACGGCGCCCUGUGACAGCGACACCGGGAGCUGCUUCUGCCUGCCCAACGUGGUGGGCAGCGACUGCGGGCAGUGCGCGGCCGGGCACUGGGGGCUGGCUGGAGGGCAGGGCUGCCGGCCCUGUGCCUGCCACCCCCGUGGUUCCCACAGCCCCAACUGCAACCAGUUCACAGGACAGUGCCCGUGCAGGGACGGCUUCACAGGACAGACGUGCUCGGCCGUGGGGCAGCAGCAGUGCCCGCCCCGGCACUACAGGGAUGCUCAGGGAGGGUGCACAGAGUGCGACUGCGACUUCCAGGGCACGGAGGAGCUGGGCUGUGAUGCGGCCACGGGCCGGUGCCUGUGCCGGGCUGGGGUCAGCGGGCCACGCUGUGCCCAGUGCCAGCGGGGCCACUGCAGCCCCUUCCCCGGCUGCCAGCUGUGCCACCCCUGCUUCCACACCCACAGCGGGGACAUCGAGCGCCUGCGCCAGCGCCAGGCCGGCCUGGCCAACGCCACGGCGCGGCUGCCCGCGGGCACGGGGGGCUCCAGGCUCGGCCCCCGCCUCUCCCAGGCACAGGAGAGCCUGCAGCGGGCACAGGGCAUCCUCAGCCACCCCUCGGUGAUCUCGCAGGGCCUGGCACAGGCGGGCAGCACGCUGGCGGCCAUCAGGGAGCAGGUCCGAGGCAUAAAUCCCGACCUUCAUUUCCUGGAUGACACUGCCUCUCUAUCGAGGGAGCUGGAGGCCCUGAACAGCAGCUUGUUUGUCACCAGCUCCCAGUACCAGAGCAAGAAGAGGCAGUUUGAAACCAGCCGCAGCAGAGACGUGUCAGGAGCCUUCCAGACCAUCCGCUCUGCCCACCAGAGCUCCAGCAGCGCCGCCAGCCUGGCCGCGGGUGCCCCGGGGCUGCUGGCCCAGGCCAGGGAGAGCCACCGCAGCGCCCUGGGGCUGCAGGGGGACCUGGCUGGGGACACGGCCAAGCUGCUGGCCCUGAAGGGAGAGCUGGCCUCAGCCCCCGACCUCACCCCUGUCAUCAACCAGGUGUGUGGAGGGUCCCGAGCGGAGCCGUGCACCCCUGCCCGCUGCCAGGGGCUGCUGUGCCCUCGGGACAACAGCUCUGGCUGUGGGGCUGGCCAGCCCUGCCACGGCCUCCUCCCGCUGGCCAGCGGGGCCCUGGCUGCGGCCGGGCGAGCGGCCAGGGAGUUCAGCAGCCUCAGUGCCCGGCUCCAGGACACGGCACAGCUGAUUAAGACGACAGAGCUGUCAGUGAGUCAGAUCCAGAGCAGCACCCGGCGGCUGGUGGAGCAGCUGGGGGUGACCAGGACGCAGAUCCAGGGGGACGUGCAGCGCGUGCGGCAGCUCCUGCAGCGAGUGCGGAGCUUCCUGGCAGACAAGGACACGGAUCCUGCCGCUAUCCAGGAAAUCAGUGAGUCAGUUCUCUCCCUGCGGCUCCCCAUGGACGCUGCUGCUGUCCGGAGGAGAAUGACCGAGAUCCAAAAGCUGGCGGCGGAGCUGCGGUGCCCGGAGGACAUCCUUGCCCAGACGGCCGAGGACAUCGCCAGGGCCAAGAGGCUGCAGCAGGAGGCAGAACAGGCCAGGAACCGGGCAAACGCCGUGGAGGGCAGCGUGGAGGAGGUGCUGGGCAGGCUGCAGCGAGCCAACACCGUGCUGCUGGAGGCCCAGGGGGCCCUCAGGGGCUCGGGCUCCUCGCUGCGCUUCAUCCAGGAGCGCGUGGAGGAGAUCAAGGCUGUCCUGGGGCCGGCAGAGAAGCACCUGGGGGCCGUGGGGCUGGGGCUGGCGGGGCUGGCAGGACGGCUGGCCCAGCUGCAGCACAGCGCGGCCCAGAACCGCCUGCGGGCCGGGGACACGCGCGACACCGCGGCCGCGGCGGCUCGGCAGGCCGACAGCGUCCAGCAGGCUUUUGCGCAGGUGAAGGAGCUGUACUCGGAGCUGCAGGGCAGGAUGGAGCAGGGCCUGGCGCUGGGGGAGCAGGGCAGCAGGGUGCAGAGCAUCGGCCGGGAGGCACAGGCUCUCUUCCAGGAGACCAUGGGCAUCAUGCUCAGGAUGCAAACUUUAGAGUCAGAAAUUCGGGAAGGCAACGAGGCUCUGGUGUCCAGGAUGUCGCGGCUGUCGGGGCUGGAGGAGAAGGUGGGAAGGAUCCGGGACAACAUCAAGAGGAAAGUCGCCUUCUUCGAGAGCUGCUCCUGAGCAGCCCCCGUGCUCCAGGGCAUCGCUGCCUCCUCUGCACACACCAACUGCUGCUUUCAUUCCCAUUUCCCAGCUGCUGUGCUCCUCUGCCCAAUAUCCCUAUUUUUAGCAAGUUAAUUUUCCAUACCUCUGGAAAACAGCUUCCCUGAACUACAGGAGCAACCCCAUGGAGUGGGUUGGACUGGCCGAAGCUGCCCAGUGGUUGGAGGAAAAAGGGGAGGAAAUCAGGCUCCCAUGGCAAAUAAACACAUCCCCAGGUUGUUAUUUCCACAGGGCUUUAUAAACCAGGAAAUUAUUUUUUUCUUCUUCUAGCCAAUUCAAGCCCUUUAAGCUGGAUUUCACUGUUCAAAUUAAAGCCCUCCUGUGGGGUCUUCUAAAGCUUU